AUGCCCAAGAGGAAGGUCACCUCCACUGAGGGGGCGGCGAAGGAGGAGCCCAAGAGGAGAUUGGCGAGGUUGUCAGCUAAACCGGCCCCUGCAAAAGUGGAAACGAAGCCAAAAAAGGUGGCAGGAAAGGAUAAAUCUUCAGACAAAAAAGUGCAAACAAAAGGGAGAAGGGGAGCAAAAGGAAAACAGGCCGAAGUGGCUAACCAAGAGACUAAAGAAGACUUCCCUGCAGAAAAGGGAGAAACUAAAAACGAGGAGAGCCCAGCCUCUGAUGAAGCAGGAGAGAAAGAAGCCAAGUCUGAUUAAUAUCACACACCUGGUCCUAUCA